AUGCAGCCAAAAGCUGAUGGAAGUUUCAAAGUCCCCGAAGAGCUUGUACAGGAAUGGCGUACAGGUGACCAAGCCCGUUUACUUCAAGAGUUCAAGCAUGCUGGUUUGGAUAAGGACAACUUUGUGAAAAGAAGCUUGAAAAGAAUCCGAGAACAAAUAUCCGAGAAUUCCAUGUGGGUGGAUGGUGAGUUUGUAUCUGAAGCGUACAUGAAAGAAGAGCUGCGUGACCAGUACGACAGGCAGAAGUUGUAUUGGUAUGAGCACAAUCUCAAAGGACGCAAGUUGAAAUGUGCCCGCAAGACAGUGACUGGGGAGGACUCAUCUGAUGUGGGAGAGGAUGAGUCGAACGGAGACCUUGAACUUGAAGCAUGGGAUCACGUAGACAUUCCCUUUGAUGCAGAAGAAGAUGUCAUGAAUGAGAAGGCGGAAAGCGCGCUGACUGAAGCAAAGGCUUUGAAGCAGAUUACCUUUCCCGAUAUGGAUUCGGAUGGGCUCCCCAGUAGUUAUGUCCCAAAAGUCUUGGGCUGCUUGGGAAAGUGGCAAUUGAAGAUGGCUGACUUGGCCUCGAAGUUCAAGUACAGUGGAGAUUCUUCCCUGAAACAGCUACUAGUCUUUCAGGAUCCAGGGUCACAUGGUUUGUCAUACAAUAUGUUUCUAUAA